CUGAUCUGUCACCAAUGUGCUCAUGUGGUAAUUUCUGUUUCCAUAGAAACUAGACUUGUUUGUCUUUGAUAAAACUUCAUUAUAAAAGCUUUUUUUCAUUGUUGUGGUAAGGACUCAAAAAACUGGGACAGGCACAUUUACUUCAUAAAAUUAUAAAAAUGAUCAGUAAAAUAUACAAACACAUUUAUGAUGCUGUAAGUUAAUAUGCAUUGUAUAUUAAACAAUUCCCUUUAGAAAUAACUUCAAAUUGUAAUUCAAUUAUCUUAUUUCACAUAAUAUUGUGACCAGAGUUGUGGGACAUGAACAAAACCAGUGUUUGCUAAAUAAUUUUAUAUUUAAUCCCGCCACUACCAUUAGCGCACAUACUGGAUAUUGUCAUUGGUCCAAGAUAAAAGGCUUGUUUGAUUUCAUGCAGCGCACAAUAAUCUACAGCCACCUGACAACAGCACUGCAUUCUGGUAAUGCAAGCUCACAUUUCGUGAUUUUGGCUGGAUUCCUCUGUCGCGGACAGAUUCUUUUGUCUCUGAACUGUAUAAUGGAAUAUAGAAAACCCUUUAAAAACACUUCAAUGUUUCAGCCUCCAUUCCAGUGGAUGUCGUAAAUCCAACAACAACUCAUUUGCCAUCCGCCAACAAACUAACCCUGCAUUCCAACCGGGAUAUAUCGCCCUCGUAAGGGCCCUUCGGAGUGACAACAAUCAUGGCCGCCAAAACUGAAGGGUCACCUGAAGUGAUCAUAACUGGCCACUUCAAAGGGCCCUUCAGAAUGAAGGAUUUCGAAGGGUAUAACUGGUAUAACAUUGUUUGGUCCCCUAUACCCUUUUACCCUUCAAAGCUAUCACUCCAGAGGGUAAACCCUUCGAAGGCCUUAGGGCAUAGGGGUGAGCCCUACGAAAUGGAAUGCAGGGUAGAAGUGUUGAAUAUGUGGAAGGUGUUUUCGCUGUUGGCCCUUGACCAAAGUCUUGUUGUUAGUGCACUUUGUCUGUGUUGUGUUGCGUGCUUGCUGCUACAACAAGAAGAUGAAGGAUACCAAGAAACCUUGUUGUGUAGUGUAAGCGCCACAGCAAUUCUAAUAGUCUCACAGUACUGUAGUGUCAGCUCGGUUUAAGACAAUCUGUCCGAUUUUGGCCCUUUCCCAAAUGGCUCACUUCAUGUAGACUUGCGGUCUCAUGGACUUAAAUUGCGCGUGCUCGCCAAGUCUUCGAGUCCGCAGUGUGUCUCAUUUGUCUUUUUGGCGCUCAGAAGUUUGCUCGCGAGCGCAUCCUUUGUGCCCUUGAUGCAUUCUUCGGCGAAGUCUGCAUUGAUGCACUCCCCUGAAGUUCCCUACCCAGGAAUCCUUUCGAACGCUCAAUCACAGAACGGAUUGGAGGGGUGUCGUGGAUGUCAGAAAUUUACGUUUAGAGAAUAACCAAAUGUUGAAGUUGUAGUAGAGAAAACAAUACUAACAUGUUGAGAUUGUAUGGAGUAUUUUAUCUGACAAUAGUCCUGAUCAAGUUAUGCUGCCCUGCCCCCUUAGAGCUCUGCAAGUGAUCCUUCCGUCUGGAUUUAAAGCCCCGGGACUGAGAUGGGUGUUGUCUUGUGCCCUGUUUGCCUUAAGCAAUAUUCUCAGCUCAGUCAGCAUCUAAGGGUGUUUCACCGUGUGGUGAAUGGAGAUGAAAGGAGGCUCCUUUUGGCCCUGGAGUCUGGCAGGAUUGAAUACCGUAUGGGACGCUGCCCUGUCCUAGGGUGCGGUAAAGACACUACGAGGCUGGACCGGCACCUAAAAUGCCACACUGAGCUAUCGAAGAAGGCUUACCAGAAUGCUGUGGAUGAGGUCAAAAAGAAUAAAAUCAAGGCACACCUGGCCGCCCUCAGGGCGUCAAACCCCAAGCCCCCAAUGGCAACAGUCUUGGACCUGCAGGAGGUUGAGGUCAAGGCGGAGGAACUGGAAAUGCCGAAAGAUCUUUUAGUGCAGGAGGAGCUGUGCUGCCUGGAGAGCUGUCGACGUAAAAAACUCAGGCUGAAAUGCAAGAUAGCUGACCUCAACGAACAGAUUGAAACCCUUACUGCCACCCUGUGUGAAAUCACCCGGCGUUACAGAGUCCUGAAACGGCAGUCCAUUCGGAAGGCUUUGCCACUGCCCCCUAACCCCCAGCAUGUGUCUUCGCUUCAGUCUUUUGACCACCCAGAGCCAAGAAGCUCCCCCCACCUUCCGGAUAAUGUGUCGGCACAGAAUGAGCAAAAUGGGAGUCCUGUUCCCAAAGUCACGCUGGGAAAAAACACGGAUGGGAAGAUCACCAAUUGUCUGGUCAACAUGGAAGAGGAUAAUUUAAACCUCCCCACUGUUUCACACACUUCACAAGGCUUGGUGAUGCUGAGACCAUUGAAUCAGCUUAAGCUGCACAGUUCUCACCUCCCCUGUGUGCAAGUGAGCACCACCAAGACAUCACAAGCCAGGAGACACUUGGUUGCUAAGCCACGCACGCUUGCAGGCCAGGUCAGAGCUAAUAAGGCCAGAGUCAAAAUAGAAAAAGCCCUCAACAUGCGCCGGGCUCUCUUGAUAAAAUGAGUGUGUUUCUGCUAUCACCCACUUCGACUUGCUGGUCGUUUGAGUAGUUAUCUGCUUUUUUCUCAUUUCUGUUUUUUUUCUCGUUUCUUUUUGUUCCCUUGUUCAUCAGUAUUUUCUAAUGUUUUUCAUAUGUUUCUUCAUUUUUAAUCAGGUAACUGUGUGAAUGGUCUAGACAUAAGCUUUUCAAUACGUUAAUAUUGUGAUAAUGUUUCAAUAUUUUGGUUUUAUAAUCAGUUUGGGGAUUUUUUUAAAGGUAUUUAGUUAUAUUGGAAGUAAAGCGAAGAGCUGGUCUACCACA